AUGUCAAGCUUAUUACGGCGGUCGACCGGUCUUACGCGGGUUGCUAGCAUCUCGCUCAGCGCCUCUGCCCGCUCUACUAUACGAUACUCGCGUCUGCUACCCACCUCCCAGUCUGCCUGGGCAGUCCAGCAGCGUUACUAUUCUGAAAAGAAGCCCGAGAACUCCGACGACAAGAAAGAACCCGGUCGAAAUGCGGUACCUCGGCCAAAAAACCAAAACUCGAAGCCCCAAAUACAGAGCUCUCAAUCGCCGGGACCAACGGAGGGUGAUGCGCCAGUAACAUCUGGUCCUAAAAAGGACGACUCGCCCCCACUACCCCCGGGUUGGACACAUCUAACUGACGAUGAGUUUAAGUCACUUAAGGCAAUGUCCAAUUCGGUUGGCAUGGGUAAUAGCAAGAUCUUGGAUUUGAUAAAAAAGAGAGGAACACCUGAAGAGUUUCGGGAUCUAAUUAGAAGCUUUCAGAAGGGUACUCCCAGCGCUGGCGAUCUUGCGAGAGCAUGGAAGGCUCUGCAAAAAAUCCCGGGGGUGUUGAAUAAUACGGAACUUGAAGAGUUUUCUAAGGAGCGGAAAUCUAGCUACUUCAACUCGUCCUCAAGAAGACCUCGGAAGCAAGAGAGCAAGGAGCAGGGACAAGAAGAGCAAGGGAAUAACCAGCAGAGGCCCAAAGAGGGCGAACAGGGCUUCAGCGGAUUCAACUCAAACAAGAAACCUCCAGGCCCUGACCCCAAUAUCAACCCGAUGCGAGGAAACGACUGGCUCACGAUGAUCGUGGGCUCGGCUAUUGCGUAUUGGCUUUACAAUUCCUUGUUUGAAGAGAGUGGCCGGGAAAUCACAUGGCAAGAACUGAGGAAGAACUUCUUAGACAAGGGUCUUGUUGAAAAAAUGGUUAUUCAGGGUCACCGAGUCCGCGUUGAACUUAACCGGGAUGCGACCCAGUCUAUGUAUCCUGAAUCAGUUGCGACACGUCCUGGUUUUAACUACUACUUCUCUAUCGCCUCUGCUGAUGCUUUUGAAAGGCGUUUGGAAGAAGCACAGAACGAUCUCGGGAUUCCAAGCAGCGAGAGGAUUCCUGUUAGCUAUGCUCCUGAAAGCCCAUUAUUAAACCUCCUGAUAGCAUUUGGCCCAACAGUAUUGUUGGUCGGUUUGCUCGUCUGGGCUUCACGGCGUGGUCCCGGCGGUGCUGGUGGAUCCAGUGGUAUCUUUGGUUUCGGGAAGAGUAAGGCGAAGCGGUUCAGCCACGAGACUGCCAUCAAAGUCAAGUUUUCGGAUGUAGCUGGCAUGGACGAAGCUAAGCAGGAGAUCAUGGAGUUCGUGAGCUUCCUCAAAAAGCCAGAACGGUUCCAAAGACUUGGCGCCAAAAUUCCCCGUGGCGCGAUUCUUGCCGGGCCUCCUGGAACUGGUAAGACGUUGCUUGCAAAAGCCACUGCGGGUGAAUCCGGAGUGCCAUUCUUCAGUGUAAGCGGUUCUGAAUUCGUUGAGAUGUUCGUUGGUGUUGGUGCGUCUAGGGUCAGAGAUCUCUUUGCUACGGCGCGAAAGAACACACCAUGCAUCAUCUUCAUUGACGAGAUUGAUGCCAUCGGUAGGUCCCGAUCGGAGGGACAGCGGUUCGGGGGGAACGAUGAGCGAGAAGCCACGCUCAACCAGAUCCUCACAGAAAUGGACGGUUUCAACACCACUGAUCAGAUUGUUGUUCUUGCCGGUACCAACCGAGUAGAUGUUUUAGAUAAAGCGUUGAUGCGACCUGGCCGAUUUGAUCGACACAUCAACAUUGACGCCCCGACAAUGGCAGGACGGCAAGACAUCUUCAAAGUGUACCUGAAGAAAAUUGUGACGCAUGAAGAAAUCGAAUAUCUAAGCGGACGGCUCGCGUCCCUGACGCCAGGUUUCGCUGGUGCCGAUAUCGCGAACUGCGUAAACGAGGCCGCACUCAUUGCCGCAAGGGGAAAUGCUGCAUCGGUUACAUUACUGCACUUUGAGCAAGCUAUCGAGCGUGUAAUUGGUGGUCUCGAGCGCAAGUCGCUCGUGCUAAACCCGCUAGAAAAGAGGACGGUAGCUUAUCAUGAGGCCGGACAUGCUAUCUGUGGUUGGUUCUUUAGAUAUGCGGAUCCGCUGCUCAAGGUUUCGAUCAUACCCCGAGGUAAAGGCCUCGGGUAUGCACAAUACGUGCCAGGAGAUGCAUACUUGAUGAGCUACGAGCAGUUAAUGGACCGGAUGGCUAUGACGUUAGGCGGCAGAGUCUCGGAGGAAAUCCACUUCCCUACGGUCACGACGGGAGCUAGUGACGACUUCGAUAAGGUGACUCGAAUGGCCACGGCUAUGGUAACGCAAUGGGGUAUGUCAGAAAAAGUUGGGCCGCUACACUUCCGCAACGACGACAGCAGGGUCUAUAAGCCUUUCUCCGAGGGGACAGGACAAGUCAUCGACGCAGAAGUGAGACGUAUUAUAGAGCAAGCGUAUAAGAAGUGCAAAGACCUCUUGCUAGAAAGAAAGGAGCAAGUAGGGCUUAUUGCAGAGGAAUUGUUAAAAAAGGAGAUGCUAGUUCGGGAUGACAUGGUUCGGAUUUUAGGUCCUCGACCAUUUAAUGAUAGGGACGAUUUUUCUAAGUAUUUCGGUGGUGAUGCUAGCACGGCACCACCGGCACCACCGGGGCCUCCGCCAGCACCGUCAUCGCCAUCGCUUCCCGAUACUCCUGAGCCCCCAUCAAGCCCUGCACUGUUCAAAGAAGUUAAGAGCGAGGAUGGCAGGUAG